AUGGUCGCCCCCGGCCGCGCCUCGGCGGGGUCGCCGGCGCACUGGCGGAACCCCUUCGGCGCGUGGACGCCGCGCUUCCACGCCCGCGACGAGGACCCGAACGCCUCCCCUCGGGCCUCCGAGGCCGCCGACGGCGCUCCCCCGAAGCUCGUCAUGGAGGGCGGCGCCUACCUCUGGGACGACUCGCCCUGGAGCAGCGCGGACCGCAUCGCGUCGCUCGUCGACGGGGACCCGGGCCGCUGGCGGCGCGUCUGGCUCGAGGUCGUCGUCGACGAGGGCGUCGCGUACUUGUGCGGCUGGCGCUGGCGCGGCGGCCACGAGCUCCCGCGGCGCGUGCCGCCGGACGUCGUCGGCCGCGUCGGGGGCGACGGCUUCGCCGUGCAGAUCCCGGCAAACUUCUCCCGCGAGGACGCGCCGCCGCCCCGGGGCACGGACUCGAGCCGCGACGCCGCGACGCCGCGCGCGUCGCUCUUCGACGACGCGCGGGCGACGACGCGCGCGUCGUCGCGCCUCCCGCCCCUGGGGUCCUACCGCUGCGUCGUGACGACGUCGGCGACGGGGCCCCUCGCGCUCGCCCUGCCGAGCCGCCACGAGCUCGCCGCGUGGACGGACGCGCUCGAGUUCGCGCGGUUGGGCUUCGCGGACGAGCCCGGCGACGACGACGGCGACGUGCGGAGCCGGCGCGGCCUGCUGGACCGCGUGCUCCACAGCCCCUUCGCGCGCUACCAGCUGCGGCGCUUCCUCGAGGACGAGUUCGCGCUGGAGCUCCUCGACUUCUGGGACGCGGUCGAGAACGUCCGGCGCCUCGCGGCCGCGGGCUCGGGCGCGCGCAAGUCCGCGGCGGCGUCGGUCUACGGGCGCUACGUCGAGAAGAACGCGCCGCGGCAGGUGAACAUCUCGGCGUCGCUGCGGGAGCUCACGCGGCGCGAGGUCGAGGGCUGGAGCGCCGAGGCGGCGUCGAAGCUCCGGGCCGCGCGCGGCGACGGCGGCGACGACGGCGAGGCGGCGCGCGACCCGGCCGUCCCGCGCACGCUGCGGUCCCCCAAGGGCUCGCACCACUGCGUCGUCACGGAGCGCCAGUACCGCAAGCUCGAGUGGAUUUUAGGCGCGUCCGAGGCCGCGGUCGCGCUCUCGACGGGCGCGAACGGCCGGCGCCUCAACAAGCUCGAGCAGCUCUUGGGCGGCCGCGAGACGGCGCUCGCCGUCGAGUCCGGCGACCUGUCGAGCAACGCGCCGGCGCCGCGCCGGUCGACGCGCGACCGCUACCGGUCCCUCAAACGCCAGUUCACGCGGACCUUCGCGUCGGCGACGUCGGCGUCGAGCCCGCCCGUGGCCAUGCCGCGCAGCGCGAGCUCCCUCAGCGACGACGACACCGGUGUCGUGAGCUCGCCGCUGGCGCGGUCCGCGAGUUCGACGGCGUCGGGCGCGUCGCCGCCGCGGCGGUCGUCCGUCGGCCUCUGCCGGUCCAUGCUCGUCGGCGAGGCGCGGCCGCGGUCGCGGUCCGCGAGUUCGACGCCGCGGACGCGGAGCCGGAGCCGGACGGCGACGCCCUUCGACGCGGCGCAGGUCGAGAUCUUCAGCUGCCUCGAGAACGACGUCUUCGGGCGCUUCCUCGCGACGGAGCGCGGCGACUUCGCGGAGCGCGUCGUCGCCGCCAUCGGCGCCGCCGACGGCGUGUUGCACAAGGGCAAGCUGCGGCGCGCGCACCCCGGGGCCCUCGUGGGCCCGCACCGCUCCGCGUACUUUGUGCUCGGCCUCCGGAGCCUCGUCUGGUACCGCUGCGAGGGCGACGCGCUGCGGCCGGGCGCGGCGCCGACGAACGAGAUCUGCCUGAGCCGCAUCCUCGCCGCCGACGCCUUCGAGCCGUCCGACGACGACGGCCUCGCGGACGACGACGCGGCCGCGGCGUUCGUGUUACGGGUCGCCGUGCCGAGCCGCGAGCGCGAGGACGCCCACGACGCCGAGGGGUUCGCCGGCGGCGACGCGGGCGACGGCGACGGCGACGCGCCGCCGCGCCGCGUCGAGUGGAAGCGCGCGGACGUCGUCUUCGUCGCCGCGGGCGCGCGCGACCGCGACGGCUGGGUCGGCCUCGUGCGCCGCGCCGCGGAGACCGCGCGCGCGCUGCACGCGGGCCCGGCCCACGAGGACGCCGCGGCGGCCCUGGAGGCGCUCGAGUCCGCGGCGCCGGAGGACGGCGACCUCUUCGCGCCGCGGAGGUCCGACGCGUCGCCCGAGGUCCUCGCGGACCUCGAGGCGUUCUCCGACGACGAGUCCGACUUCGCGUCCGACGACGAGAGCGUGCCCGUCGCGUCGCGGAGGCAGCGAAUGCAGCUCGACCUGCACCAGGCGGCGAAGCAGGGCGACCUGGAGACCGUGCUGCGGCUCCUGGAGGCCAAGGACGUCGACGUGAACGCGCUCGACGCCUUCGACUCGACGCCGCUCUUCUACGCCGCCCUCUGCGGGUCCCUGGAGGUCGCGGAGCUGCUGCUGGCCAACGGCGCGCGCUGCGACGCGGGGACCUUCGUCGGCGAGCGCUGCUACUACGCCGCGCUCAACGACGACAUCCGCCGCGCGCUCAAAGCCUACGGCGACGUCGACUUCUCGAAGCAGCAGCGCCACGCGUACGGCAAGUUUUUGCUGCGCCUGCGGCAGGAGCGGCGCUUCCACGACGUCGCGUUCCACGACGGCGACGAGCGAAUCUGUUCGGCGCCGCGCGUCGUUCUCGGCGCGCGGUCGCCGGCGCUGCGGAAGCGGUUCCUCGCCAAGUGGCGCGGCGCGGCGACGGUCCCCGCGCCGGCGAGCCGGCACCCGGACGCGCUACGGGCCGUCGUGGACUACGCGUGCUGCGGCCGCUUCGUCGCCGACGACGCGCUCGUCGGCGACGCGCUCGCGGUCGCGCGGGCGCUGGGCUUCGGGGAUCUGGCGCGUUUCCUCGCGGGGACGCGCGCCGCCGCGCCGGGCAAGGCCGUCGUCUACGAAGACGAGCUGCCGUCGCUGCGCGCGUCCUUCGCGCCGCUCGCCGAGGCGGCGGCGCGCCCCGGCGCCGGCGACCCGGAGGUCGAGGCGUUCGCGCGGGACCACGGCGACGUGCCGCUGCGGUCGAACGACGGCGCGGUGUUCCGCGUGCCCGGCGCGUUCCUGCGGCUCCACUCGUCGGCGCUCGACGCGGCGUGCUCGGACCGGUGGCGGAGCGGCGGAGCGGCCAUCGCGCUCGACGCGUCGGCGCGCGCGGUCGAGGCGCUCGUGCGCUGGUGCGUCUCCGGCGCGUGCGCCGACGCGCUCGCGGGCGACGCGGCGGUCGCCGCGGAGACGCUCGCGCUCGCGCACGAGCUCAUGAUGCCCGCGGAGCUGUCGCGCGCGGCGGCGGGCGCGCUCGCCGGGUGCCUCGAGGCCGUCGAGGACGACCGCGUCGCCGCGGCGCUCGCCGCGCUGCCCUACGCGGCCCUCGCGGGCGAGCGGGGGCGCCUCUACGACGCGGUCGUCGACGUCCUCUCGAAGCACGUCGCCGAGGCCGUCGCGUCGCCCGGCUUCCGCGACGCCGUCCUCGAGAGCGCGCGCUCGAUCCAGGCGCGCCAGGCGACGGACAGCAUCCCCCUCGUCGACGACAUCCGCGUCGCGCUCCACGACCGCGUCAACCCCUUCGACGAGUACCGCGACGAGCCCGCGGGGACCGCCGAGGCCGCGGAGCUCGCGAAGCUCGACGGGCUGCUCGAGGAGCUGGGGCUGUCCGGGGGUGUGGGCUCGACCUCGGGCAGCCCCGACCGAGAGACCAUGAGCGAUGCCGAGUUUUUCGCGAAGAUGGCCAAGGAGAAGAAGAUGCUCGACGCCCUGGAAACGGGCGGCCGCAGCGACGCCGAGGAGGAGAAGCGGCGCGCGGAGCUCGAGGCGAAGCGCAUCCACGAGAAGCGGAAGACGCAGCACUUCGCGCGGCUCGCGGCGUCCAACGGCGGCGGGUCGCCGCGGGACGCCAUGUUCCGCAGCGGCCGCGGCGGCCGCGGGGGGCGCGGCGGCCGCGCGGCCCGCGGCCGCGCGAGCAGCUCGAACGACGACGCGAACUACGACGAGGGCUUCGUCGCGGAGAAGGACGACCACGCGACGUUCUUCGAGGAGGAGGGCGAGGACCACGCCGACGCCGCCGCCGCGCCGCCGCCGCCGGCCGCGGAGCCGCCGGCGUCGCCCGCGGAGCCCGCCGUGGAGCCACCCGCGGCGCCGCCCGCGGAGCCCGCGGAUGCGCCGCCGCCCGCGCCCGCGGCCGCGCAUGCGAAGGAGGCGGCGACGCGCGACGCGGCGGCGCCGACGCCGACGGCCGGCCGCGGGCGGGGCCGCGGCGGCCGCGGCGGCCGCGGCGGCCGCGGCGUCGGCCGCGGCGCGAGCGGCAAGGUCAGCAGCCGCCAGUCGAACGACUUCAUCGACGACGACGACAUCGGCGGGCCCGACGGCGACGCGCCGGAGCGCGCGCGCGCGGCGACGCACGAGCACACGACGAAGCACGCCGACGGCGGCCACGUGCGGAACUCGCAGCCCGCGGCGAAGAAGUCGUCGACGUUCCUCCGGGGCCUCCGGAAGCAGGUCGCGGCCGCGACGGGCAUGCACCAUACGUUCUCCGCGAAGAAGAGGGCGUCGGCGGUGGUCCUGGGCGUGCUCGUGGCCGACGCGCGGGCGGCGUGGCUCACGCGCUGGGCCGAAGUCGAUGGAGAUUGCGUGGACGGCUGGCGACGUCUCGACGUGGCGUGCGUCGAGGACGAUGUCGUCGUCGACGAGGGCCUCUGCGAAUCCGAGGACCGCCCCGACGCCUUCGCGGCGUGCUCGGCGCGGAUCGUGCACGUGGACGCGGCGGCCGGCGACGACGCGAACGACGGCUCCGCGGCGUCGCCGCUCGCGACGCUCGGCGCGUGCAUCGACAAAUUCGGCGUCGACCACAGCGCGACGAAGUGGCUGCCGGAGGAGACGGCGGAGCAGCUCGUGUGCUCGCUGCGCGGCGGGACCUACGACCGCGAGGCCGGCGCGCGCCUCGACGGCGCCGACCACGUGCUCGUGGCGCCCGCGUCGGCGGACGACGUCGUCGUCUUCGACGGCACGGACGCGGUCGGCGGCGUCGCCUGGGUCGCGCACGCGUCGCACCCCGGCGUCGUCGUCGCGGACGUCGCCGUGGCGCGUCGGGGCGAGCUCCUCGUCGGCGGUUCGGGCCUCCAGUGCGCGAACGAGAGCGCCGUGAGCGACGGCGGGCACGCGCCGAAGCUGGGCUACGGGACGGCGAGCGCGCCGUGCUUUUUGUGGGAGCCGGACGAGGCCUGGGUCGCGGGCGGGGCGGCGUUCGCCAUGGACGACGCGGUCGCGUACUACGAGGCCGGCGACGCCGCGGUCAACGCGAGCGUGCCCUGGUUCUGGGUCGACGAGCGCCGCGGGCGGGUCUACGUCGACGAGGCCCGAGGGCCGCCCGACGCGAAAACGCUCCGGCGGAAGAACGCGACGCGCGGCGACGUCUUCGUCGUGGGCGACGCGUCGCACCGCGUCUUCGUCAGGGACGCCCACUUCUACGGGACCGGCUGUUGCGGCGCCGGGCCGUCGACGAAGUCCCUCGUGUCGCAGGAUUUACGCGUGUCCGGGAGCCGGUUCCUCUACGCGCCGCCGACGGGCGUCCGCCUCCGGACGACGGCCCAGAGCAAGCGCGGCGGCACGCCCUUCGCGGCCUUUUUAAACAACACGGUCGAGUUCUCCGAGGCCGCGCUCUUCUACAAGGGCACGGGCUGCCGCGUCGUCGGCAACUACCUCGCCUUCAACUCCUUCGAGGCGCGGGGUGCGUACACGCUGGACAACAUGGCCCAGCGGUCCGUCGUCGCGUUCAACACGCUCCUCUACAACGGCGACAAGGGCGGCCACUUCUCCUGGGCGCGCGGCCACUUCGUGUUUCGGAACCUCGUCGUCGGCCAGGACUUCCUCGGCCCGCGCUUCGACGCGGCGGUCUUCCACGCGGUCACGACCGCGCAGCGCGGGCUCGUCGUCGAGGAGAACUGGGUUUUGGGCCCGAGCCUCGUGUCCUUCGCGCGCCUCGACACGUCGAAGACGACGACUCCCGCCGGCGCCGGCUCCGACACGACGAUCCGCCGCAACGUGCACCUCGGCCUCGGCCUGACGCUCAAGGGCUACAACCACACGGUCGAGCACAACACGGGGUCGCGGCUGCUCGUCGUCGAGGCCUGGGCGGAGAUCGACGACCACAACUACGCGUCGCUGAUCCGCUACAACGCCCACUCUGCGACCGCGAGCCGCGGGUCCACCGCGGCGCACGGCGCCAUCCCGGGCCUCUCGUACCUCAACGCCUGCGGGGACGAUUUGCGCGUCUGCAACCCUCGCAACGACAGCGCGCCGCCGGAGCUCGCGAGGCAGCUGCGGCCGUUGCGCGACGGCGUCCAGGCCGAGCUCGUCGAGGGCGCGUGGCCCGCCGUCGACACGUCCGGCGUCGGCGAGGGCGGCAACUUCAACGAGGCCGGCGUCGCGGACGGCGCGGAACUCCUCGGGAGCCUGCCGCCCCACGCCGUCGGGACGCCCCUCGCCGAGGGCCUCGACUUCCGCCCGUCGCCGUCGGGCCGCCUCGCGCUCGCCUGCGACGCCUGCGGCGGCGACGCCGCCUACGACGAUCACCUUGGCGCCUACGCCGUCGACGACGACCUCUGGGUCCCCGGGUGCUACGCGCCAAUGGCACACCUCGCCGCGCUCUGCGUUGCGCUCGCGAUGCCGCGGAUCGGCGCCUUCAGCGCCAAACCCGCGCUGCCGCCGGCGUUCUCCGCCGGCAGCGACGACCGCUACGCCGAGUGGCGCGUCGACGUCGGCGCCCUCGACGCGUCGCGCGGCGACCCCGCCGUGGUCGUCGGCGAGUCGCCCGGCGCGGGCCACGGCGUCUUCGCCGCGCGGCGCGUCGCCGCGGGCGAGACGCUGACGGAGUGGGUCGGGUGCAUCGCGCCGACGCCGGAGACGCGGUUCGGCGAGCUCGAGCUGCAGCAGGAGUUCUACGGCGAGGGCUGGCGCGACUUCAGCCAGCGCUACGAGAUCGGCCUGUCCGGGAGCGUGAUCGUGGACGCGGGGGGCUCGAGCGUCGGCGGCGUCGAGGACCACGUCGUCCACGCGGACGAGUACUGCUCCGUCGACGAGGGCAUGGCCGCGUGCGUCGCGCGCGCGGGCGAGAUGGACUACCUGCUCCUGGGCAAGACGCGGGAGAUGGGCGCCUGCGCGCGCGAGGGCGUCGCCCAGCUCAUCAACGACCACAGCGCCAUCCUCGCGGGCGCCGGGGGCCUCGUCGGCGACGUCGACGGGCUGCUCGUCACGGAGGGCGCCGUGCCCGUCGCCGCGGCGCGGCUCGCGCUCGGCGCGGCCGUCGACGCCUACAUCGCCAACAUCGGCCCGGGGAACAACGUCGCCCUCGUGCAGGCGCGCACGGGUUUGGGCACGGGCAUCGCCGCGCCGCGCGUCUUCGCGGUGGCGACGCGGCCCAUCGCGGCCGGCGACGAGCUCCGCUACACCUACGGCGUCGAGUGGUGGCUGUCGCAGCUGCGCCGCGCGGCGCUGGCCCAGCUCGUGUCCUGCCGGCCGUCGGCCGCGCGCGCCGCGGCGCUCGCGGACGUGAUCCGCUGCAUCGAACAGACGUCCGCGGAGAAGCUCGACGCCCAGGCGCGCGCCGUCGGCCGCGCGGGGUCCAUGCCGCGGGGCUUCGUCACGCCCAUCGAGCCCCUGCCCCCGCUCGACGACCUCAUCGCGGGCGAGGACAACUGGAAGAAGGCGCUCCUCAUCGAGGAGUUCGCGACGGCGACGGAGUGCCCCGUCGAGGAGCUCUACGCGGAGACCGGCCUGGCCACGGCGCGGGGCCUGCUGAAGUACGGCAUCGAGUGCGUCGUCUUCGACACCGGGAAGCGCGGCGUCGGCGGCCGCUGCAGCAGCCGCCUCGGCGGCGACGGCACGAACUUCCCCGGCGCCGUGGACCACGCGGCGCAGUUCGUCGAGGUGAGCGGCAACUGCGAGGCCUUUGGCGCGUUCGUCGACGACUGCGUGGAGGACGGCGUGCUAGCACCCUGGAGCGGCUACGAGGGCGGCGACGGCCGCCGGCUCUUCGUCGGGUCCGCCGCCGAGGGCAUCGGCGCGCUGCCCGCCGCGCUCGCCGAGGGCGUCGACGUGCGCCAGGACGUCUGGGUGUCGCCGAACGGCGGCGUCCGCUUCGACCGCGAGUCGAAGCGAUGGGUCGCGAACAAGGAACAGUUCGACGCCGUCGUUAUCGCGCACAACGGCAAGUGCGCCGAGCGCAUCACGUCGAAGAUCCCGUCCGUGCCCGUGCGGAACUUGUGCAAGGCGGCCUUCGGCACGAAGCCGGCGAAGGGCCGUAUGACGCUGAACAGCGUCUACUCGCUGGUCUUCGAGACGCGCAAGGGCGCGCUCGACGGCGCGCCCGUCGCCCAGAAAUUCGGCGACGACGCCGUCCUCGCCUUCCUCGGCAACAACGGCCGGAAGCUCGGCUGGGCGACGGAGGACGACGCGACGGAGGUCUUCACGGCGCUGAGCACGGGCGAAUACGGCAAGAAGAACAAGCACCCGCAGGAGCAGCUGAAGGGCACGGACGUCGAAACGCGCGUCACGCGCGAGCUCCUCGACGCCGUCGCCGACGCCUGCGGCGCGGAGCCCCUCGAGCCGCUGCGCGCGAAGCUCCAGCUCUGGGGCGCGGCCGUGCCCCUGAACCGGUGGGCGUCGGACGCGCCCUUCGCGUGGGACGGCGCGCACAAGAUCGGCGUCGUCGGCGACUGGCUCUACGCCGACCUGCCGUCGUGCGUCGAGGCGGCCUUCGCGUCCGGCGACGGGCUGGCCGCGCACCUGCGCGACGCGCCGGGCGACGACCGGGGGCUACAGGGCUCGUUCGCGGCCGCGACGUCCGACUUCUCAACGCCCCGGCGCGGCGCCGCGGCGGCCGCCGCCGCGCCCUCGAAACCGUCGACGAAGACGCCGGAGCAGAAGCGCGUCGUCAAGCUCAAGAAGGCCCUCAAGCGCAUCGGCCAGCUGCGCCUCGAGGACUACGCGACGCUGAAGACGGAGCAGCGCGUCAAGAUCCACGGCGAGGCCGACGUGCUCGACGAGCUGCGGACGCUGGGCGUCGACGCCGACGCGCUCCGGCUGAAGCUCCAGCCGGGCCUGCCGACCCCCAUGCCCCGGUCGCGCGCGUGGUCCAAGGAGCGCGACGACGCGCGCGAGAAGCAAAAGGCCGAGGACGCGCGCAACUACCGGCCGCCGGCGAAGCGCCGCGCGCGCGCCGAGAGCGCCCUGCGCAUGCCUGCGGCGGUGAAGAACCAAAACACGGCGACCCGGAGCCGCCGCUCGAGCGCCGGCGCCGCCGAGGCGGCGCCGGAGGCGCCGAAGCGGUCGCGGGGCCGGCCGAAGAAGGGCGGCGCCGCGGCCGCGGCCGCGCCGCCGGGGCCCGAGCAGCUGCCGGGCACGGUGGCGACGUACGGCGUCGUGCGCCGCGCGACGGGCGCGACGGGCGGCGGCGCCAACGGUGGGGCCAUCUACGGCGAGAUCGGCGCGGCGUCCUUCCAGAAGGUCGUGGACCUGCUCAAGGAGCGCUGCGGCCUCGACGAGGACAGCUACUUCCUCGACGUCGGCUCCGGCCUCGGCAAGCCGAACCUGCACGUGGCCCAGGACCCGGGCGUCGCCGUGUCCGUGGGCGUCGAGUUCGACGAGACGCGCUGGCAGCUCGGCAUGCACAACCUCAACUCCGUGCACCGCGCCGCGGACCGCGGCGGCGCGCACCACGGCGUCGUCGCUCCUCCGCGAGUCGCGUUCGCGCGGCGCGACGUCGACGACUGCGCGACGCUGGACCCCUUCAGCCACGUCUACGCCUUCGACGUCGGCUUCCCGCCCGAGCUCCUGUUGAGCCUCGGGCGCAAGUUCAACGCGUCGCGGUGCGGCCACUACGUGUCCUACCAGAACCCGCGGCGCUUCCUCGGCGACUACGGCUUCCACUGCGAGCUCGAGGACCAGCUCAGCGUGUCCAUGCACGGCUCCUCCGAGUCCCACACGUGCUACGUCUACCGGCGCGCCGCCGCGCCGCCGGACGCGGAGCUCCCGCGGUCCGCGCGGAAGUGCCGCCGGUCCGCCGGGUCGUCGUCGCCCCGGGGCUCCUCCACCCCGUCCGUCGACCCCGUCUUCGCCGCCGCCGUCAAGGAGGCGCAAUCCAGCGACAAGGCGCGGCGCGACGCCUGCGCGGAGGCGCUCGAGGCCGCGCUCGCGGCGCGGCCGAACCGCGACCGGUCGCCGCGCGAGGAGUGGCGGCCCGGCGCGGAGAACGAGUACAAGGGCUGCGGCUACGACAUGUCGACCGUGCUCAAGUGCGGCCGCACGGACGCCCAGUUCGCCGCGUCCACGGAGGUCGAGCGCGUCUGCGGCCGCGACGCGUGGAUCGCCCUCGUGCCCGAGAUGGUCGCCGUCUGCUUCGAGGCCGCGAAACGCGCGUUGAAGAAGUCCGAGGUGCUUUUAGAACCGCCCCUCUCGGCGGACUACAUCACGGAGCGCAUCGUGCUGGCGCCCGCGGACCCCGUGGGCUUCGUCGCGCGCGAGCGGCACACGUCGAAGCGCAUCCAGGGCUUCGCUUUACUCUGCGAGUUCUGCACCUUCUCCAAGUCGCUGCGGUGGGACUCGUCCCACCCGGCGGCCCUCGCGGGCACCUUCGAGCACGCGGACCUCGCGACGCGGCUCCAGGAGCGCUGCGCGCGGCGCCGCGCCGCGUGGCCGCCGCGGAACUCGUCGGCGGCCGACGUCGUCGCGGCCGCGGAGAAGGUCGCGCUCGCGUCCGCGGCGUCGCGGGACCUCCACGACGUCGACGACGACGGGUCCCUGGCGAUGGCUUUGGAGGCCACGGGCUGCGAGCUCCGCGCGCCCGCGGACAAGGAGUACGGCGACCAGAUCGGCGUCUGGCCCGGCCUGUGCGAGGUCGCGGUCCUCGGCGCGUUGGGCUGCGGCCGGCGGCUCCUGGAUCUGGCCCUCAAGGACGUGGCGGCCCUGGGCCUCGGCGGCGACGCGCCGGCGUCCGGGGACCCGCGGCCCGUGACGCACGCCGUCCUCCACGCAACCAAAGAAGCCGUCGGCUUCUACGAGCGGUGCGGCUUCAGGCGCGUCGGCGCGAUCAGCCGCUUCCGGGACCGGCCCGACGUGCCCCAGCUCGCCUACCGCCACUGGACGCGGCGCGUCGACGAGGUGUCCUACAUGAUGGCCGCGCCCCUCGACGUCGACGACGACGGCGCCGGCGCGGCCGCGCCGCCGGCGCCCAAGCCCGCGUCGCCGCGGUCCGACGUCGCGCGGCGCCGCGCGGCGCGCGCGCACAAGCGCCUCUCGAAGCGGCGCGCCAUCGAGCUCGUCCACACGGCUCUGUACAGCGACGUGCAGGCGCCGGGCGGCGCGACGGCGUUCCGCGAGUGCCUCUUGCUCGCGCUCGGCUACGCGUCGGCCGCGGGCGCGGGGCACCGGCCCCUGGCCCUCGCCGUCGGCGCGGCGCUCAACGUCUUCCGCGCCGACAUCCCGGACAAGACCAUCGCCAUCCUCCGCGCCAAGGCGCUGCCCGAGGCCGACGACGACGACGACAGCGACCUCGACGGCGACGGCGACGACGUCUACGACGUCCUGAGCAAGCCGGGGGGCUGCUACGGCCCGGGCCUCCCCGUCGAGGUCGCCCUCGGCCGCGCGAAGAAGCGCAAGCCCGUCACGCUGCGCCUCCGGUCCGACGAGGCGCUCGCCCGCGCGGCGUGCGACGCGGACACCAAGCUCCUCCGCGUCACCCUCGCCGGCGCCGUGCCCAAGAAGCUCAAGCUCCUCGACCGGCCCAUGCUCGCCUACCUCGACGUGCCCUCGCCGAAGCGCAAGAAGCUCCUCAAGCGCGCCGCCGGCGGCUCCUAGGCGGGGGGAAGCGACGCCACCAAGUAAGGGCGACUCACGC